AUGACCUCUUUUGUCAACCUAUUUGCACAAGAGCUUGCAUCAUAUUUGAUCUCAAAUAUGCUUUUCAAACAUACAUUAUUUGUGCAUUUAGAUUGGCUUGAGUAUGCACACACCCAUCUACCCACAUCGGAAACAGUUAUUAAGAUACAAGGUCAUCAUUCUUUACAAACUACAUUUAUUAAGGUGACCUUGGUUUCUGUAUUCCGAUUUGGACGUAGUCUUAUCAGUAUAGUCUUGGCCUUUUAUUCUUCUCCACUUUUAUUUAUUUUUUGGUACACCAAAUAUUAUCCAUUAUCAUGGGAGCGGACAGCUACAAAGCCUGCUGGGAAGAUAAGAGCAAUACAACAGACAUGGGGGGCUCUGGAUAAUGAAUGGCCUUCUUCCUUCGAUCACUUUGUACGCCCAACAAUGUACAUGGCUGCCAUAUUCAGUGUUCUUUUAGCCCUCGUAGCACUAACAGCCGCAAUUGGAAUUUUCAAGAAACGAUUCUUACGACUCGUAUAUUUUUUUCCACUUCCUUGUUUCACAAUAUCCUUGCUAAGUGUUUUCAACGACGUGACAGAAUUGGCUUUGAUGGUGAUAGGCAAAGACUUGUUCUUGGCUGGGUGCGCUAAGGAAAAAACCGAACUUCUUUUGUCUGUGAUGCAAUCCUGUGAUAGUUGUGUUGUCGAACAAGCGUGUAAUCGUAUAUGGAACUCUUCACUGGUGUGGAUAUCGACUGGGACCAUAUUCAAUCUCGGAAUAGAUAUAUGUUUUAUUUGCUGCCUCUAUCGGUUCCAACGUCAGCAGACUCAACUAAGCCGUAUAAUUCCAAAAAAUGGUGAUGCUUUGUCUAUAGAAUGUAGACAGAACAUCGCAAUAGGCUGUGAUAAUAUCCAGGAAGCGUCCACAUUAGCAGUAGGACAAACAUCUACAUCAAAAUAG